AUGUGGAAGGGAUGCAGCCAAGGCAAGGAGGGUCGGAGCUGCAGCAGGGCAGCUGUCACCAACAUCUCCUCCAAGCUGGGCUCCAUCGGGCUGUGCCUCCACGUGCCAGAGGCCCCCAUGUACCCGUACCGAGCCAGCAAGGCUGCCCAGAACAUGGUGACGAGGUGCUUGGCUGUGGAACUCCAGGACAAGGGGAUCUUGUGCAUGGCCAUCCAUCCUGGCUGGGUGAAGACUGACAUGGGCACACAGGAGGUACUGGGCUGUUUAGGGGAGGCACCAUGGAUGCUGCUCCCGGGCAUGCACCCUCCCCGAGAGCUGCUCUCUGUUACAGCUCAUUGUCCUUUUCUGCAGGCACCACUGACAGUGGAGCACAGCGUGAGGGGCAUCCUGACUGUGCUGGCCAGCCUCUCACAGCACACCUCUGGAGCCUUCCUCGACUGGGAAGGGAACAGCCUGCCCUGGUGAUGGACAAAUAGAUGG